AUGUCAAAGUUUAAAAAGGAAUACCCAGCAGUCUUUAAUGGCAUUGGGAAACUAAAGGGUCAUGAAGUAUACCUACACCUUAAAGAUAAUGCUAAACCUAUUGUGCAAAAACCCCGAAAGAUACCUUUUCAUCUCCGUAAACAGACAGAAAAUAAACUGAAAGAACUAAAGGAAAGUGAUAUUAUUGAAUUUGUUCCAUCAGGAACACCUACAUCUUUUGUAUCGAAUCUUGUUGUUGCACCAAAGCCUAAUAAUCCAGCUGAAGUCAGACUAUGUAUAGACAUGCGACAUAUGAACCCAAUGAUAGUGCGAGAACGUCAUGUUAGUCCUAAUAUUGAGGAACUCUUUGAGGACAUGGCUCGUGCUACAAUGUUUUCAAAUGUGGUUUGA